AUGACGAUUGACCUGGACGUCACCUACACCGAAUUGAACAAAGCCAUGUCGGUAAAUUUUGUCGGUCUCAAGACUGGUUGCAUUCUUGUUAUUCCCUUUGCAAAAAAGUACGGCCGGCGGCCAAUUUACAUCGUCUCGACAGCACUGAUGUUGACGACAUCAUUUUGGACAUCCAGAAUGAACAGUCUGACAGAGCUGUAUGUGACCAACUUGCGACAAGGUUUGGCCGGUGCGACCAACGACUCGAUAGCGGAGAUAACAGUGAGCUAUAUGUUUCGACCGAUAUUAAGGUGCCCUGUUAAUGUUAUCCAGAUUGCCGACUUGUUCUUCGUACAUCGUCGGGGGAGGGCACAAGCCACACAGCACGGCUGGCGUUCGUGCUAUCAGACUAUGGGGAUCUUCAACGGUAUCCUUUUUUUCCUCUUUCUCUUCAUCUACGAGGAAACUAAGUAUGUCCCUGUGUUGACUGGGAAAGCGGGCGCCACUGUUGAAGAAUACGAUCCACCCAUCUCAAUCAACGGAGAUGGACCGGACAAAUUUGACUGCGGGUCUUCAUCCAAUGGCUCUUCUAUCAAUAAACAGGCUCGUUCUCACCAUGUACUAGACUUCACUAUACCGCCGAACGCCUGGCGCAAGAGACUUGCCCUGGCAACGCCGACACCAGAGUCAAUCUGGCCGCAUUUGUACCGCCCCUUCUGCGUGCUCAUAUUUCCCGCUGUGACAUUUGUCGUGAUUCAAUAUGCAGCUGGAUUAGCCUGGCUAACGGUAACUACCAACGUGUUGUCACUCACAUUCCCAGAGCCGCCAUACCUAUUCUCACCUGCCCAAAUCGGAUACACUAGCGCGGGUCCCCUGAUUGGGAACAUCAUCGGUACAGUAUACGGCGGUUUCUUCGGUGAUCGGUCGAUUUUGUACUACGCAAAACGAAACAGGGGACAUUACGAGCCCGAAAUGCGGUUGUACGUCUUACACCUUCCGGCAAUUUUCAUGGCAAGUGGCCUUAUCAUGUUCGGUGCAACGAUUUCUAGGAUCACCGGUGAUGCUUUCACCGCUGUGGCGUUCAUGCACAACGCGGUCGGUAUCGGUGUUCCAUUCGUGAUAUCUCCAUGGAUCCAGCGCAGUGGCAUACAGAACAUGUUCAUCGCGUGCGGGAUGUUGAGUCUCGCUAUUACUGCGACGAUUAUCCCAAUGGUCCUUCGGGGCAAGUAUGCUCGGCGCGAAAUGGCAGGUCGCUAUCGCGAUAUCGUGGAGCAUGGCCAUGCUUUUUGA